GGAGGAGUCCGCGUGCUCCGUGGCGGCGGCGGCGGCCGGCUCCAGGCCGGGUUUUGGCGCCGCCCGCCUGCUGCCUCCUGGCGGCUCCUGAACUCCAGCCCCCUCUCUAUCAGCCUCUCACUCCGUCUCAAUAUGUCUCAAGAUGGCGGCCAAUGUGGGAUCGAUGUUUCAAUAUUGGAAGCGCUUUGAUUUACAGCAGCUGCAGAGGGAACUCGAUGCCACCGCAACAGUAUUGGCAAACCGGCAAGAUGAAAGCGAGCAGUCAAGAAAGCGGCUCAUCGAGCAGAGCCGUGAGUUCAAGAAGAACACUCCAGAGGAUUUGCGCAAGCAGGUAGCGCCACUGCUGAAGAGCUUCCAAGGCGAGAUUGAUGCACUGAGUAAAAGAAGCAAAGAAGCUGAGGCAGCCUUCUUGAAUGUCUACAAGAGAUUGAUUGAUGUUCCAGACCCCGUUCCCGCGCUGGACCUUGGGCAGCAGCUCCAGCUCAAAGUGCAGCGCCUGCACGACAUUGAGACGGAGAACCAAAAGCUUAGGGAAACUCUCGAAGAGUACAACAAGGAAUUCGCCGAAGUGAAAAAUCAAGAGGUUACGAUAAAAGCACUUAAAGAGAAAAUCCGAGAAUAUGAACAGACUCUGAAGAACCAGGCUGAGACCAUAGCUCUCGAAAAGGAACAAAAGUUACAAAAUGAUUUUGCAGAAAAGGAGAGAAAGCUGCAGGAGACCCAGAUGUCCACCACCUCAAAACUAGAAGAAGCCGAGCAUAAAGUCCAGACUCUGCAAACAGCCCUGGAAAAAACUCAAACAGAAUUAUUUGACCUGAAAACCAAAUAUGAUGAAGAAAUUACUGCCAAGGCCGACGAAAUUGAAAUGAUCAUGACGGACCUUGAAAGAGCAAACCAGAGGGCAGAGGUGGCUCAAAGAGAGGCGGAGACCUUGCGGGAGCAGCUCUCGUCGGCCAACCACUCUCUCCAGCUGGCCUCCCAGAUCCAGAAGGCGCCGGACGUGGAGCAGGCCAUAGAGGUGCUGACCCGCUCCAGCCUGGAAGCUGAGUUGGCCGCCAAGGAGCGGGAGAUCGCCCAGCUAGUGGAGGAUGUGCAGAGACUCCAGGCCAACCUCAGCAAGCUGCGUGAGAAUUCGGCCAGCCAGAUCUCCCAGCUCGAGCAGCAGCUGAGCGCCAAGAACAGCACCCUUAAGCAACUGGAAGAAAAACUCAAGGGACAGGCUGACUAUGAAGAGGUGAAGAAAGAGCUAAACAUCCUGAAGUCCAUGGAGUUUGCGCCGGCCGAGGGAGCUGGGACGCAGGAUGCAUCCAGGCCCCUGGAGGUGCUGCUGCUGGAGAAGACCCGCUCGCUGCAGUCCGAGAACGCCGCGCUGCGCAUCUCCAAUAGUGACCUGAGCGGGUCAGCCAGGAGAAAAGGGAAAGACCAGCCUGAGAGUCGGCGUCCUGGACCUUUGCCGGCCUCCCCUCCUUCUCAGUUGCCCCGCAACACGGGGGAGCAGGCUUCCAAUACUAAUGGUACACACCAGUUCUCACCAGCGGGGUUAACGCAAGACUUUUUCAGCUCAUCCCUGGCAAGCCCCAGCCUGCCCCUGGCUUCUACGGGAAAAUUUGCACUAAACUCUCUCCUCCAACGACAGCUAAUGCAGUCCUUCUACUCCAAGGCCAUGCAGGAAGCAGGAAGCACAAGCAUGAUUUUUUCAACAGGUCCAUACAGCACAAACUCCAUAUCUUCCCAAAGUCCAUUACAACAAAGCCCAGAUGUAAAUGGCAUGGCCCCAUCCCCCAGCCAGUCAGAAAGUGCUGGGAGCGUCUCUGAGGGCGAGGAGAUAGACACUGCAGAAAUCGCCCGGCAGGUGAAAGAGCAGCUGAUCAAGCACAAUAUUGGACAGCGCAUUUUCGGACACUACGUCUUGGGACUGUCUCAGGGGUCCGUGAGCGAGAUCCUGGCCCGGCCCAAGCCGUGGAACAAACUGACGGUGCGCGGCAAGGAGCCAUUUCACAAGAUGAAGCAGUUCCUCUCAGACGAGCAGAACAUCCUGGCUCUUCGCAGCAUCCAAGGCAGACAAAGAGAGAAUCCAGGCCAGAGCCUGAACAGACUCUUUCAGGAAGUACCGAAACGAAGAAAUGGGUCUGAAGGUAACAUCACCACCCGGAUCCGAGCCUCCGAGACCGGGUCUGACGAAGCCAUCAAGUCCAUCCUGGAACAAGCCAAGAGGGAGCUGCAAGUCCAGAAAACUGCAGAGCCGGCCCAGCCUUCCUCGGCGUCCAGCAGCGGGAGCGCGGACGAUGCCAUCCGCUCCAUCCUACAGCAGGCCCGCCGGGAGAUGGAGGCCCAGCAGGCCGCCCUCGAGCCCGCCUUAAAGCCCGUGCCGCCGUCCCAGACGGACAUCGCCCUCCUGACCCCCAAGCUGAUACCUGCCUCGCCCAUGUCGUCCGUGUCCAGUUACUCCCCGCUAGCCGUCUCCCUGAAGAAGCCCCCCUCGGCUCCGGAUGCCAGCGCCACCACCCUACCCAACCCGGCGGCCCUGAAGAAGGAGUCCCAGGACACGCCCGGGCCAGACCUCCCGGGAGCGGCCGACCCCGCCGCACAGGGGGUCCUGAGACACGUGAAGAGUGAGCUGGGCCGCGGCGGCGUGUGGAAGGACCAUUGGUGGAGCGCCGUCCAGCCUGAGAGGAAGAGCAGCGCUCCACCCGAAGACCCCAAGGCCGAAGACGCCAGCGGCGGCAAAGAAAAAGGCAGCGGCAGCGCUGGCAGCGGCGGGCAGGUGCGGGCGGAGCGCAGUCAGCUCCAGGGCCCCUCCUCCUCUGAGUACUGGAAGGACUGGCCCAGCGCAGAGUCGCCCUACUCCCAGAGCUCAGAGCUGAGCCUGACCGGAGCCAGCCGCAGCGAGACGCCCCAGAACAGCCCUCUGCCCUCCUCACCCAUUGUGCCCCUGUCAAAGCCCACCAAGCCCUCGGUCCCACCGCUGACCCCCGAGCAGUAUGAGAUCUACAUGUACCAGGAGGUGGACACCAUCGAGCUCACCCGGCAGGUGAAGGAGAAGCUGGCCAAGAAUGGCAUCUGUCAGAGGAUCUUCGGGGAGAAGGUGCUAGGCCUGUCACAGGGCAGUGUCAGCGACAUGCUGUCCCGGCCGAAACCCUGGAGCAAGCUGACCCAGAAAGGCCGAGAACCCUUCAUCCGGAUGCAGCUCUGGCUGAACGGCGAGCUGGGCCAGGGCGUCCUGCCCGUCCAAGGGCAGCCGCAAGGGCCAGUCCUGCACUCCGUGACGUCACUACAAGACCCCCUGCAGCAGGGCUGCGUGAGCUCAGAAAGCACUCCAAAGACCUCUGCCAGCUGCAGCCCUGCACCCGAGUCACCCAUGAGCUCCAGCGAGUCAGUGAAGAGUCUGACUGAACUGGUCCAGCAGCCCUGCCCCCCCAUCGAAACCAGUAAGGAUGGCAAACCUCCAGAACCCAGUGACCCGCCCGCCUCAGACUCCCAGCCUGCCAUCCCACUGCCUCUCUCCGGACACUCAGCGCUCAGCAUUCAAGAGCUGGUGGCCAUGUCUCCAGAGCUGGACACCUACGGCAUCACCAAGAGGGUCAAGGAGGUGUUGACCGACAACAACCUCGGUCAGCGCUUAUUUGGGGAGACCAUCCUGGGGCUCACCCAAGGCUCCGUCUCUGACCUCCUUGCUCGCCCCAAGCCCUGGCACAAGCUCAGUCUGAAGGGACGGGAGCCCUUUGUCCGGAUGCAGCUGUGGCUGAAUGACCCCAACAACGUGGAGAAGCUGAUGGACAUGAAACGGAUGGAAAAGAAAGCCUACAUGAAGCGGCGGCACAGCUCGGUCAGCGACAGCCAGCCCUGCGAGCCCCCAUCCGUUGGCAUCGACUACAGCCAGGGCGCCAGCCCCCAGCCCCAGCACCAGCUGAAGAAACCCCGAGUAGUGCUGGCCCCCGAAGAGAAAGAAGCUCUGAAACGAGCAUAUCAGCAAAAGCCAUACCCGUCACCAAAAACCAUCGAAGAACUCGCCACCAAGCUCAACUUGAAAACCAGCACCGUCAUCAACUGGUUCCACAAUUACAGGUCUCGGAUCCGCAGAGAACUGUUCAUUGAGGAGAUUCAGGCCGGGAGCCAGGGCCAGGCCGGGGCCAGCGAUUCACCGUCGGCCCGGAGCGGCCGGGCCGCGCCCAGCUCAGAGGGCGACAGCUGCGACGGCGUGGAGGCCGCCGAGGGCCCGGGCGCCGCGGACGCCGAAGAGUUGGGCGGCCCCGCGGCCGCCGCCAAGUCUCAGGGAGGGCCGGCCGAGGCGGCUGCGGCCCCGGAAGAGCGGGAGGAGGCGCCGCGGCCGGCAGAGAAGGCAGAGCCGCCGCCCUCGGGGACCCCGGUCCCGGACGCCGCCGACGACGAGGGCCGGCCCCGGGCGCCGCCGCCGCCGCCGCCACCCGAGGGUCCCGCGGACGGCCCGGGGCCCGUGCCAAACCCCGUCGCCGCCGCCGCGCCCGCGGCCGGGGAGGACGCCGCUACCUCAGCCGCCCCGCCGGGCGAGGGCCCCUGCCGGGCCCGGGACGGCGCCGACAGGAGUUCCGCUUUGCCAAGCACCAGCGCGCCCGCGGCAGCCCGCAGGCCCAGCUCGCUGCAGAGCCUCUUCGGCCUCCCGGAGGCGGCGGGCGCCAGGGACUCGCGAGACAACCCCUUGAGGAAGAAGAAGGCCGCGAACUUGAACAGCAUAAUCCACCGCCUGGAGAAGGCCGCCAGCCGCGAGGAACCCAUCGAAUGGGAGUUCUGAGAGGGCGCCGCCCGCCCGCCCGUCGCGCCGAGUCUGGCCGGGCCGGGCCAAGCCUGACCGGGCCGGGCCGAGUCUGGCCGAGCUGGGCUGAGUCGAACCGAGUCUGGCUGAGCUGGGUCGGGCCGGGCCAGGCAGAGGGGCGGGCGCCGACUCCGCGGCCGGGACCGUGUUGCGCACUUAACCGCCCUGCGGGCCACAGGGCAAAAUCGCCAUAGGCCAAGGUGCAUAUAGAAAACAAAAGGAGCAUUAAGCCCAAUCUAUGUCGUGUUUUCAAGGAAGAAAACGGAAAUGUGUAGUCGAGCUUUUUUGUACCCUGAAGUGUUUUUUUUAUUGCCCUAAGUGAUUUCCACAGGUUCUGGAAUAACUCUUACAGCUUUGCCUUGCGCCCUCCUCUUUUCGUGUGGGCUUUAAAAAAAAAAAAAAAUCAAACCCACAUAUUAAAAGGGGGCUUUUUAUCUGCCAUCUAAUGGCUUCAGAGCGAUAAUACACUAUUAUCUUCUUAAACCAGGAAAAAAGGGGAGGGGGGGGAUUUUUCAGAAAAAAAAUUUAAAAAAGAAAGUUUUUGUAGCUGUUCAGUUGCCACUAAGAGAUUGCACAGUCAAACCGACUCUAAACACACUAGUUUGGAUUCCUAAAUAUUUUCAAGUAAAGAAUCUUCUCCUUUGAAACUUUGAAUUAAAGUAAAACACAUUUACUCCACAUAUUUUUUAACAAGAAAAGUCACAUCAGGAAAAUAUCAGAUUUUGUGGUAGCUGACGUAGUGUUUUCUUGUACGUGAAUAGAAUCCUGACAUGUAGUGCACAUUGAUCCAUAGCUUUAACUGACUCUGGGCUUUUGCUGACCAGGGUUUGUUUAAUACACUCCAUUCUAGGCCAAAUCAGGACAAAAAGAAAAGAUCCGAAUCUAGGUAUUUUAUAAUCUGCUUUUUAACCUCUAACCGCAGAGCACGCUGAUCAGACCUCAUAUCUUGGAGGUGUAGGAGACAAGUUAGAACUGUAGCAUGUACCCGUUCAUUUUGUUUAAUUUAUGGUGUCUUACGUCUGUGUUAGUGCGUCUUGCACAUGUGCGAGCGUUGAAAGAGAGGAGGAACGUGUAGGCCGCGAAGGUCGCUGCAGGCAGAUCUGGGGCCCCUGGGGGCCCCUCGCCCCUAGCCCCUCGUAGGCAGCAGUCUUUCCGUGACACAGAAGGCACCUCACCUCACACCACUCUCCCGGGCGCCUGAUGGACUGAGCCCCACCAGGGGAUGCCACUCCCUGGGCCUGGGCAGGGCUCGUGCGUGCGCCCAAGCACGCGCAUAACUCUCUCUCUGUCUCUCUAUCUGUCCCUUUCUUCCCACCACAAGCACUGAUGACUGUUGACGUCGUGGGAAGCCUCCUUCCUUCCCUGCAGAAGAGAGAACGUGGCAGUCUGGGCUCGGCUCCCACCCCCCGUAGUCUCACACCAAAAUGUUGAUGCUCUUCACUUCCAGACCAGAUCAUUGGCCCUCCAUUCAUUUUGCCUCUUGGAACGUUCUUUUUAUGCACAGUUUAGGGCAGUCUAAGUACAAAUCAAAAGUCUAACUUGUCUCUGAUUCCUCCUGUCGUCUAUGUGUAUAUGCGUGAGAACAGAGGUGUAUGAAAGUGUGCGUGUGUGCGUGUGUGCAAUUUUAUACGUCUGUGUAUUUUCCUAAGUACCUGUGCACACAUAGAGUGCAUUACUGCCACCUUUUUUCAAUAAGCUGUUUUAUCAGUUAUGGCUUCUACAAGUUUGCUAAUUUAGACUCCUUUAUUGCCAUAUCUUUAAACUAACAAUAGAUGAUUUCGGUAUAUAUAUAUAUUUUUUUUUGCUUAUUUAUAGGUGCUGUAUUUUAUUAUCUGAUUGUUAGGAAGGGAUGAAAGGGGCAAAUAUUCUUUAGAGGGAUAGACUGCCGGCAGUAUUGGGUAUAAUUUACAAGAUGUAGUUGUCAUACUGUAUAUUACUGAUUGAAACCUUUUUGACCGUAUUGUGUAUCAUUGAAACCUUUGUCUUAGGUCAACAUCUUUGGAUGACAUUUUAAUGGUGCAUUCAUUAUUUCUUAAGUUUAAUUAAUAUUACCUUUUUUUGAUUUGGGGGGGGUGGGAGGGAGUUCUAAUUUUAAAGGUAUGCUCCCGCUAUUACACCUCAGUGUGCUUGUAUUAAUUAACUUGUAGGACUUUGACUGUAAGAUGUGAAACCACAUUUCUUGCAUGACGUUUUAGAAAUUAUGUAUUUCAUUUACAGUCUUUUAACCUGCAACUGCAGCACUUAGUUCAAGUUUUUCACAAAUUUAAGAGUCACUACACUAAAGACAAUGCCUUUUCAUGAAGAAGAAGUUUGCAGAAGGCUCUAGGAGGCUGGGAGGCAGGCCGUUUGUCUUUUGAUGGUUUCAUAUCAUUCUGAAUUUGAAAUCUGGUUCAGUGAGCAGAGAAUUCAACACGGAGGAGCUUAAGGGGAAAAUGGAUUCCCAUCUGGCUGAAUCCAGGUGCGUUGAGAAGAGGGCGUUUGCAUCCGUGACCCUCAGGACAGUGAGUAGCAGAGCCCCUGACAGUACUGUGGUGUCCUCUCCACAGAAACCUCAAGGAGGAAUUUUGUCAUCACAUGAUGAGUCUCCAAAUACCCGACUUUCAGUAGAAGAAAAGCAGGGCGUUAACAGGGAACGCCAGGGUAGUGUUUUCGCUUUAAAGGCAUGACUGUUAUUUACUAAGGUGUUAAAUCGAGGAAACUGAUAAAGUAUAAAUCUGUCCAUCCUCGUGGCCAAAUAGUAACGUCUAAAACAGCCACUUUGGCUCUUCCAGGCAAUUUAGUCAUUUUUGUUGGUUUUGUUUCUUUUUUUAAAACUAGGUUAUUGUUGAUUUCCAUUCUUUCUUUUUUUGCCAGACUUACAUCUGGGUGCUCGAUACAAUCAGUUGGUUAAAUUUUGCUUGCAGUUCCAUGUUUGUAUUCUUUCUCUAUUUUUUUUUUUUAACUGCGAUCCUAAUCCUAUGAUCUCUUGUGUUUAAGCUGUCACUGUAAUACUUUUAAGAGCUGCCACUAAAUAACAGAAACCUGGGGUGGGGUGCCCGCCUCCUCUUUGUGCCCCUCAGUCUGAGUCCAAGGGUUGGUCUUUCAUCUUGAUAAGCAAUAUUCAAGUGCCUUGAACAGCAUCCCCUACAUGGGCUUUACCUUCCGCUGGCUGGUGUUCCAAGCAGUAGUUCCCACAGGCAGCCGACCUCUUCCUCUUUCCGCUCCAUCAGUUUAAAAAGCUGAUUUGUACCUCUCCCCUGGGGAAAACGGUUCCGUAGAAAACACUAACACUUAAUUACAAGCUCCAUUAUACCAUUUUAAAUGGCUUCUUUUUGUUAAUUGGAGGCAGUGUUCAUAACUUAGGUUUUUGCCAUUACUUAGCUGGCUAAGUGGAGGCUCCGCAUACAAUCAGUGUUCAAGUUCAGCCUCUUGACCCUUGUUUCCUGCCCACAUUCUCUUGCGGUGUCUGAGGUAGAAGGGGCGUGGCUUCACUCCCGCCUCCUGGCUUCCCAAACAAGGCCUCUUCUCUUGAACUUGUGGAUGAGUCUUGUGAUUUCUGUCUAGCAGGUUACCCUUCUUUAGGAAGGAUUACCACAGCCAUCUAACUCCAACUCGGUUUUCCUCGGAGCUUACCUGCCGGAAGAACAUCGCAACACAAGAUGGCUUGUGGUCAGCAGACUGGGGAGGCAUCUCCAGGAUCUGCCAGGAUCCUGACUUGUACGACCAUUCUCAAGUCAUGGCCACUAUGUCUGGGCCAGUGACCAAGGCAGAAAGAUAAGAGCUCACGGCUUCUCUGGGACAGUUUCCCUGUACUUCCAAAGCACAAAUGCCUCCCUGCUCAUCUGUCUUCCUCCUGUGGGCAUCUUUGUGUCUCCCUACUUAAAAGCCAGAUGUGCUGGUUGGUGGUCCAGACCCAGAGUGCAACAGAGCUUUGGGUGAAGUGUUCCUGUCUGCUCCCUCUGGCUGUGAGAGACCCUCCCCAGCUGCCCUCAGCCCCAGGAGGAAGGAGACACCCGAAUGCCUCCAUACCCAGGGCCGCCACAGCCCCGUAAGCAGACCAAGCAGAGGGCAGGUUGUACGCAAGCUCUGGCAUCCGCUACCAACCCUAAGAUCACCCAGCAGUCGUGCCCUGAGAGGUUGGGACAAGAGUCGCCGGACAGCUCUGUCCACAGGCAGGUGCCUUCCCGCCUAAAGCUGGCCUGGAUUUCUUUGUUCUCCCUGAACUCGCGUCCUGUCGUGCACAGGUGAUCGUUGAACUCUGUUGACUUUCUAUGCAAUGUUCUUCAUUCCUCUGAUGGUAGGAAAACAAACCUCCCUGAAAACAAUAGAGGAGCCAGCAGGAGCAACACUCCCGUCCUUCUGGGAGGAGCACACAGUGAAACGGUGUUGGUGAUUUCCUAGAUCUUGAGCUGGGGGACAACAGCCUUUGCCUUAAAUGCACGCCUCUCGACAGGCCUAUAGAAACCAGAGUCUGCCCUGAGCUAUCCCUGGCCGCUCCCCUCUGAGGCCAGUACGCCAGCUGCUCAGGGGAGACGGAGCCCGGCGAGGUCAGGCCUCCCCGACAGGCUGCAGGUGGGAUCCCUCCCUGGAUGUUCCCCCCCGCCCCGUGUCAUUACACUCAUCUGUCCCUUCUACCUCACUAACCACGCUCCCACUGGACCUGCCCCCGUACCCCUCAGAACUGCGAGGCAAGUGGGAUCCGGAAAGAGAAAACAUAGAAGUGUGGCGUCCAUGAGUGUAGCUCAGCCUGGUGGGCAGGCGGCUUCCCUCUUGUAAGCAUAAGCCGGACAGACAGCUAUGCUCUGCGAGGCGCAGGGAUCCUCCUCUUGGCCUCCACCUGCUCCUGAAGCACUCACAGCUGUUUCCGCUGCAGGCAGGGGCGGCCUCGGGCCCCGCGGGGCCUUGUCUCUGGCCCGCCUGCGCACUCUGCCCAUUCCCGCUCAGCUGUUAAGACCGGUCACAGCCGCUUCCCUCACCCCGGGCUGCCCCUCCAUGGCCACGUAAGGAUGCUUCCCCAGGAUUCCCACCUGGCACGGGGGAGCUCUGUUGUCUCUGGCACUGGAAAGUUACAAUCUCAGACCUUCUGUGAGGUCUCCAUGGGAAGCAUCCCAAGGACAGGAAAGGAUUUGGCCUUCCUGAACCCACACGCCCAGUCUUCAGGUGUGUGAUCUUUUCUUCCCCAAAGAAUAGGCCAGUUUCUGUGCUGUGCUGAAGAAAACCAGCUCCCAGGGCUGCUGGUUGGGUGUGGGUCCACCCAGUCUGGUGGCCUAAGUGUUCUCUUGAUGGAAGGAAUUUGCACGCACUUACUGGGAAGAACUCACAUUUAGAAAUCCGUCCCCCUCGCUGUGCUGUGGUUUCUUUGCGCCUUGAUGGUGUUAGGGCAGCCUUCGUGAACCCCGAGGCAGAGCUCCUGCCCUAGGUGGCCAGGUGGUGGCCCGGGACUCCCAACACAGGGUACAUCUAUUUCCCGGUGCAAUGAAUUUCAGUCCGCCAGCGCACCUGCUUGCUAAGAGGAUGGUCCAAUUUAACAAUGUUUCUCCCAUUCGGAUUCCGUUCUGCCUUUUGGUAGAUGAAAACUACCAGGAAAAAGAAGGGAAAGGAAGUUCCCAGUUGAAAUUCCCAAAAGAUUAAGGCUGUGAGACGCUUAGAGAUGUACAGAAAGCUGAGGCCAGAGCACUCCGGUUUUGGGGGCGCAGUGUAGAUGGAGGCAAGAGGGGGGGGUGUGGGGAACGAGGAGCUGAGCAUAAAAUGAGCCCCGCCCCAGAGUCCGCCUUUCCCCAGCAGCCUGGGAGCCUCAUCCUUGGUCAGGGAAGAAGAUGGAAAUGUAGUCCCCCCACCAUCAGUCCCAUGAUGGGAGCUGUCCCUGCCUGCCCAGGCCUUGCCACUAGCCUUCCAUCACCACCUCCCCUCCAAAGAGACUGUGUCCAUGCCGUCAGUGGCAUACUCCCCAUUUUCAUUUUUGGAUGAAGUGACAUUUAGCUUUAACGAGACAUUUCCAAAGCGCCUAGUCUCCUCCAAAAUGCUAACUUUAAAAGUUGGGCAUCUUAGGUGAAAAACCUUUUUAAAAAAAAAAAGGCUAGUGAAACACAUUAGGCUAGGCAUAAAUGCGCACUUCCCCAUCCUUGCUAUUAAACAUUUAAAAUACCUUUGAGUUGCUUUUCAUGGAUCAUUAUAGCUUAUCCAAUAAUGUAAAGAAGUAAAGUCUGUGUUACUGUAA